AUGCCAGCCCUCGACAUCGCCCUACAAGCAACGAGCAUCUCGGUAUCGCUCGUAGCCGCAGGCGGCAUUGCAACCCUCACCCUCUUCGAUGUACCCAUCCUCAAAGCCCAACCAGCAUCUCGCUCCCUCCCUUCAAUCAGAUGGCUCUUCAGCCGCGGCUCGCACAUCUUCCCCGCUGCGGCGUUCGUCUCCGGGGCAGGUUUCGGCCUCCUCGCCUUCCGGUCCCUACCGGCCGUCAGCCGGUCGGCCCUUCAACUUUUCAAAUUCACCGCCAACAACGCCCGCGCCAACGGCUACCUCGGCGCCGGCGCGCUGAGCUUGUCGAUUGCGCUGUUCACGCAGGUCAUGAUCCCCAACAACUUCGCGCUCAUCAAGAAGAAUGAGGAGAAGGGCGGUUCGAGAAGUGUUGACAGUGCGAAGGGUUUGAAAAAGCAGGGCCGGUUCAAGCCUGGGCAGAGGAGCGCUUUGGAUUCGGUCAAUGGUGAGGGGGAAGUGAGUCAGUGGACGGAUCUGAGUGGACCUCAGGAACAGACGCCUCUGCCUUCCACGCCGGAGGAUGACGAGAUGGUGAGGGAGAUGUUGACUACCUUUGGGUGGCAGAAUAUGACUAGGGCGGUUUUGAUGGCUGCUGGGGGUGUUGUGGGUAUUGUGACGGCUUUAGCGUAA